GUUCGCUAUUUAUAUUGAGAUCUAAACGGCGAUAAAACGAACAAGAUAUAAAUAUUUGUCAGAGUAUGAAUAAAACGCAUUCAAGCCGAUCAGAGCCAUAAUGACGGAUCUGGGUACGGAUGGCUUCUGCCCGCGAGAUCGACGACAAGUUCGAAGACCCGGAGUCCGCUUCUGUUUCUACGUCUAUACUAGGGCCCGGACUUCUAAUAGCCGCAAGGUUCUCGUUUACUUCAUCCUAGGGAUCGUCAAGUUAUUUUUUCGCCGGGGCGUGAAAUAGGGUCGUCUCGGCCGAGAUGGGAAACCUUUUGAGAGGCGUUAAGAAACUUACGGCCGUGACGGGCAUCAUAAGGCCGCGUUGGGAGUAGGUGCAUGCAGUCUGCGCCGAUCGAUGAGCUGGAUGCCAGACCGCUUGCGUGUCACGUUGACAAAUCGCCGUCGGUAGAUGCAUCGAGGUCCCUGCUUUUUCGCGCUGUGGCAUGGUAAAUGACGAAUGCUUCAGCUUGCUUGAUGAACAGACAGGCCCAUCGGGAGACAUUCAGUCUUCCAUUCACAAACACCGCGACAUUAACACUGGGCGGGGAUCGAGCUUGCAGAAUCAACGCCAGUCCGCAGUCCGCAGUCGGUGGAUGAAUGUCACCAUCGCGAGCUCCAUUCCGCUGUCUGAUCCGGUCCGUUGACCCUAACCCCGGCUGCCUAUGCGCAGUCCAGGCUUGCCGGGGCUGUGCCCGAGCCCAUGGCCUAAGCCGUGCUGGAAGAGGCGCGUACGUGACUCGUGAGACUUCCGAUGCCCUCGCCCACUUCCUUCCUGUUUCGUCCGGUCCUGGAUUCGUUCCAUGCGGGUGUAUAAAACGUUCCUGCUUGGUGGGUAAAUGUCCGACCCGGCCACAUCAGCAUUUCAAGCUUUCGUGUUUCAUCAUCCCCUCCGCUACCAUGCCCUGCAGCAUCUGCUACGAUGAGUAUACCGCCCCCGUGGCGCUUCCCUGUGGCCACAUCUUUUGCCGUGAAUGCGUACGACGCACGGUGGACGCGAUCAAGCUGUGCAGUGUCGAACAUUUCUGCCCGACGUGUCGUACACCUUAUAGUGUCGUCGGCAUCGACCCCGCGCUUAUCCCACCAUACCUACGCCCACACACGCUCCCCUCGAUCCGCCCCGUUUUUUUCGACCACCCCUCACCCCGUCCCGCCUGCUCUUCAUCCUCCUCCUCCGCCACCUUCCCCUCUUCUUCCGCCUUCGCAUCGUCCAGCUCCGCGUCGCGCCCAGCGCUCUGCAUGUCGGCCCUACCAGCCCAGCUCUCCAGUGCACUGGGCCGCGCCGCCGCCGAAGCGGAUGCUCUGCGCCUGAACGCGACGACGUGGAAGCGACGCGCGGAGGUGCACGCCGCGGCGAACGCGGGCCUUCUCAGCUUCGCACGCGUAGCGAAAGAGAACGCCGUGCGCAUGCGCGCGGAGCGCGACGUCGCGAGCAAUUGCUGCGAGCUUCUGAAGGGUCGUUUGCGGGACAUCAUGUCCUGCCCGAAAUGGAAGGAGCUGGAGGCCGAGUUGUGUGCAUCCUCACUAGCCUCGCCCAACGAGGACCCCGCGGCCGACGACUCGCACCCCGAAAUGGACGACGAGAAGGCCAGAAACGCUCUGGACGUGGAUCUCGCCGAGCUAAGCGCACGCGCAGCCUGCUCCGCACCGACGGGGCUGCCUGUCUUCUUCAUCCAGCCGCAUGUCCGGAAAGCACUCUCGGAGUCGCCCAGGUCGGAUCUAGAAUCCCCCAGCUUGUUCGGGCCGCCCAUCAAGCGCAGGAAGGUUCACGAUGAUGAUUCUCCGGCCACCUCCAUACGUGCUCGCGGUCCAGGCUCGCGCGGCGCCCGCUUCUCGUCAUAGUCUCGAACGUGUUUUCUCACUUAUCACAUGGGCGCGGCAAACGGGCAUGUCGCGCCAAGCGGAGUUUGAAUUUGGCUCAGCGGGCUUUUGAUGGCGGGCAUGGGCAUGGGCAUGGCUUGUGCCCAUUUUCUGAGACCAGUUUCUUCCCUGAGCUCUCGUCGUUGAUAGCGGCAGCGCUCCCCGUCGUCGAUAUCGCUUACAGCAUAAGGGCACAACAUCUGAAUAUCCGAGAUGCUCAGUGAACUCAGAUUUUGCGGCGUUGAGGGCUCUAGUUCGCAUAAUCAGUAUCCCAGUACUCAACCUCACGUUCUCCUUCCUGAAACAUGAGCUCAACGUCACCGCCAUGACUCCGUCGGACCACGGGCUUGAUUAAGACUUGGGAGUUUCGCUUUAUCUUCAAGUCGCUGUCUCUAAGAACCAACCUCAGAGUGAACGAGGCGAGGGAAUCAAGAUCGCGCCGCUUUAAUGUGAUAUCAUGCGAUCAAGGUAGUGGCAUGCGCGUUGACAGACAGCCUCAAGAUCGCGGAGGAUCAUCUGCAGUGUGAUCUAUUACGAUUCGAUGUUCGCAAAGUCAUGGGAAGACAUUAGGAAGCACGAUGGAGAAAGUGUUGACCAUUGCACAUCGGAAGGAUGCAAUGAAUAAAAUAAGAAUAUGAUGAAAAGCCCGAUGGCUUGCACGUUAUGAGCGACAUUACAGGCUUGACACCACGCGAUGUCGCAUCCAACAAUGCUGGGGUCUGUUAUGAUAGGAACAAUUGGUUCCGAGUCCCAUAUGGAGCUUCCUAAGAGCCUAGGAACAGUCAGUAUAUAUCCUGGACGGCUAAAGACUUGAAGAAAAGCAAUUAUACUUGGCUGAGCGCAUGCCAAAAUGUCGGCUUGGCAUGCCGACAAACGGGCAUGCAUGCCUGAUCGCAUCAAUUUCAAGCCAAAACUGUCAAAUGCCCAUCAAAUGCCCGUUUGCGCGGGCCAAUGCCAGUUUGGCAUGCCCAAAACGUCGGUCUCGAUCACGAUAUUUACCCGAAGAACAUCAGUGCAUACCUCGCCUUAUUAGCAUACCCGUCAUCCUCACUCAAAACUUGUACUCACCAGAACAUAAACGUUCUGUUUUUUUCAAUUCUCAGUGGUUGAGGAUCCAUUUUGGCUCGUCGGAAAAACAAUCCAAUGCCAUGCCUGCGAAACACGUAGCGUCUCACUGUGCGAAUCUUCGCAAGCGUUCGCGUUUGCCGUAGUGAGGAUGAAACAGGCUCUCAUCGUUUCUCCAACAAACCGGUUAGAGGUAUCGAAAUGAGCCCCUGAUAGACGACGCUUGAAUGGAUGUAUUUGAAUUUGAAAACGCCAACUUCAAGUGUUC